AAACUGGCUCAGACUGUUCUCGUAAUUUCACCAGUCGCACAGGGCUGAUUGAGUCCCCAGGCUUCCCCGACAAAUACCCACACAACCUGGAGUGCUCCUUCAUCAUCAUUGUACCCCCCAGCAUGGAUGUCACCCUCACCUUCCUCACCUUCGACCUGGAGAACGACCCCCUGCCAGGCAGUGAUGGCGACUGCAAGUAUGACUGGUUGGAAGUGUGGGACGGACUACCUGGAGUGGGCCCUCUGAUUGGCCGUUACUGUGGGACAAGGGUACCUCCUGAAAUCCAAUCAUCGACUGGGAUUCUGUCACUCGCCUUCCAUACUGACAUGGCCGUGGCUAAAGAUGGCUUCUCAGCUCGAUACAACAUGACACACAAGGAAGUCAGUGAGACUUUCCACUGCAGCAAUGCAUUAGGCAUGGAGUCAGGAAAGAUCACGGACGAGCAGAUCAUGGCUUCGUCAAGUUUCCAGGAUGGAAAUUGGCUGCCGAGGCAAGCCCGCCUCAAUUUUAAAGAAAAUGGGUGGACGCCUGCUGAAGACAACAACAGGGAGUACAUACAGGUGGACCUCCAUACUCUAAAGGUCCUCACAGGCAUUGCUACUCAAGGCGCCAUCUCAAAGGAAACUAAAAAUGUUUAUUACGUCACCACCUUCAAGCUGGAGGUGAGCACUAAUGGGGAAGACUGGAUGGUCUACAGGCAUGGGAAGAAUCACAAGGUAUUCCACGCCAACACUGAUCCCACAGAAGUGGUUCUCAACAGGAUCCCUCAGCCGGUCCUCACACGUUUCGUGCGAAUCAGACCUCAGUCGUGGAAGAACGGUAUAUCUCUACGUUUCGAGCUCUACGGCUGUCAGAUUACAGAUGCUCCCUGUUCAGAGCUGCAAGGCAUGCUGUCUGGCCUCCUCCCUGACUCCCAGAUCUCAGCAUCCUCCAUGAGGGACAUCCACGGCUCAAUGGGGGCGGCCAGACUGGUCGCCAGCCGGUCGGGCUGGUUUCCUAACCCGACACAACCUAUAGCUGGAGAAGAGUGGCUGCAGGUGGAUCUAGGUGUACCCAAGACGGUCCGAGGCAUAAUAACUCAGGGUGCCAGAGGGUUGGAGGGCAGCACAAGUUCUGACAGCCGAGCUUUUGUGAGGAAGUACAAACUGGCACACAGCCUAAAUGGAAAAGACUGGAGUUACAUCAUUGACAGCAAAACUGGGUUUGCUAAGAUCUUUGAGGGGAACAGCCAUUAUGAUACUCCAGAAGUGAGGAGGUUUGACGAGAUUGUCGCCCAGCACAUCAGAGUUUUUCCAGAGCGAUGGUCACCUGCUGGCAUCGGUAUGAGGAUGGAGGUUCUUGGCUGUGACCUGCCUGGUAAGAGAGCAAGCACUUUAGCAUAAGGCAUGAAUUAUUUA